GAGCGCGCGUGCGGGUUCGGCGAGGUCCCCCGGUGCAGCAGCAGCAGCUCCCCCACCCCCCAGGCCCUGCUCCGAGAGCUGCCUCCCAGCCUGCGUGCGUGGGGCGGCGUGGCGUGGGGUGGCGUCGAGCGGCUCUGCAGGAGAAGGGCGAGGUGGGGCGCGAGGCUUCGACGGGAUGCUGGAGGUCCUGGUGCUGAAGAUCGAAGAUCCAGGUUGCUUCUGGGUAAUUAUAAAAGGAUGUAGUCAUUUUUUAGAACAAGAAGUCGACUAUCAAAAACUCAACAGUGCCAUGAAUGACUUCUAUAACAGCAUGUGCCAAGACAUAGAAAUAAAGCCAUUAAUGCUGGAAGAGGGGCAGGUGUGUGUGGUGUUCUCUCAGGAGCUGAAGUGCUGGUGCAGGGCUGUGAUUAAGUCGAUCGUCUCUUCUGCAGACCAUUACCUGGCAGAGUGCUUCCUUGUGGAUUUUGCCAAGUACAUUCCAGUAAAAUCUAAAAACAUCCGAGUUGCAGUAGAAUCCUUUAUGCAACUUCCUUAUAGAGCAAAAAAAUUCAGACUUUACUGUACGAAGCCUGUGACAUUGCACAUCGACUUCUGUGAAGACAGUGCUGAGAUCGUACCUGCCACGAAAUGGGACAGUGCAGCUAUCCAGUAUUUUCAGAACGUUCUGAGAGCAACGACCCAGGUGGAGGCUGAACUCUGUGCUGUGGAAGACGACACCUUCGAGGUUUACCUUUAUGCAACCAUAAAGAGCGAAAAAGUUUGUGUUAAUGAUGAUCUGGUUGCCAAGAACUUUGCUUAUUAUGUGUCGCCCAUGGGGAAUAAAAGCCUCAGUGCUUUGGAGAAGCCCAGGCCCCGUCUGAACUCGGUGCCAUGCUCCAGUAAGCUCAGCCCGUCACUUACUCUGUGGCCGAUGCUUUUGCAAGGAAAAGACUGUCGUGGACGGGAGAACUCACAGGGCUUAGAUUUUCUGGCACAGUCUCUCCAGCAUACAUGGUGUAAGGACAUUGUCGGUGACCUAGGGCAGCCUGCUGCAGUACUUGAUAAAUCUAUUAAAUGUAAGGAUUCCUUGAGAGACUCACCUAAAAUUAUGUUUGAGAAGAAGCAGCAGUGCCUCCCUUUGAAGCACAUAAAUAAGUGUGUUGACUCUUCAGUUUACUGGCCAACAAAAAGAGGGAUAACCAUAUAUGCUGAUCCAGACAUUCCAGCAGCAAGCGGGGCGAGCCAGAAGCCAAACGAGAAGCCACUGCGGCUGACUGAAAAGAGAGACUGCGAUGAGAAGAACGGCUGUGUGAAAUUACUGCAGUUUUUAAAUCCUGAUCCUUUGAGAGCUGAUGAGAUCUCUGACCUGCAGCAGUUGCAGAAGGUGAAGUCGAACACACUACAGCCGGGGGUGGUGCUCCGGAACAGGAUCGAGCCCUGUCUGACCAUGGAGAAAUCGCCUCUGUCGGCAGACCUGAAGAAGGCUCUUCAGAGAAACAAGUUCCCGGGACCCAGCCACACUGCAUCCUACUCUUGGCCUCCUAUUGCGCGUGGCUGUGACGUGGUAGUCAUUUCUCACUGUGGGAACGACCCGUUGUUGUACUUGCCACCGCUGCUUACGGUUUUGCAGAUGGGGGGCUGCUACAAGUCUUUACCAAGUAGAAAUGGUCCUCUUGCCGUCAUCGUGUGUCCCGGGUGGAAAAAGGCCCAGUUUAUUUUUGAGUUGUUGGGAGACUAUAGCAUGUCCUCCAGGCCUCUUCAUCCUGUGUUAUUAACAAUUGGACUUCACAAAGAUGAAGCCAAAAACAUGAAGCUUCCAAGAGGCUGCGAUGUGAUUGUCACAACUCCACACAGCCUUUUGAGACUUCUCACGUACCGGAGCCUGUUAUUUCUCAGACUCUGCCACCUGGUUCUGGAUGAAGUGCAAGUAUUGUUCUUUGAAGCUAACGAGCAGAUGUUUGCCAUAUUAGAUAACUUUAAAAGGAAUGUUGAGGUGGAAGAGCGGGAGUCUGCCCCGCAUCAGAUCGUGGCAGUGGGCGUUCACUGGAGCAGACACAUAGACCAUCUCAUCAGAGAGUUCAUGAAGGACCCCUACGUCGUGAUCACCGCCCUCGAGGAGGCUGCCCUCUACGGCAAUGUCCAGCAGGUAGUGCAUCUCUGCCUGGAGUGUGAGAAAACCUCUACUUUGCUCCAAGUUCUUGACUUCGUUCCAAGUCAGGCCCAGAAGACCCUGAUCUUCACCUGCUCUGUGGCUGAAACAGAGAUUGUGUGUAAGGUAGUAGAAAGCAAUUCAAUAUUUUGCUUGAAAAUGCAUAAAGAAAUGGCUUUUAACUUAAAAAGUAUUUUAGAGCAGUGGAAGAAGAAAUUAAGCUCUGGCUCUCACAUUGUAUUGACCUUGACGGACGACUGCAUACCCCUCCUGGCCAUCACCGAUGCCACAUGCGUAGUUCACUUCAGCUUUCCUUCCUCGCCAAAAGUGUUCGGAGGACGCCUCUAUUGCAUGUCUGAUCAUUUUCAGAGUUUAACGGAACAGGGUUCAGGAGAUAAAAAAACCAAAUCUGUCUUGCUGUUGACGGAGAGAAAUGCGAGUCAUGCCGUUGGUGUCCUUCGAUACCUGGAGCGAGCAGAUGCCAAAAUCCCAUCAGAGCUGUAUGAGUUUACUGCUGGGGUCCUGGAAGCCAAAGAAGAUAAGAAGGCCAAGAGACCUCUUUGUCCAUAUCUUAAGGCUUUCGGCUUUUGCAAAGACAAAAGAAUGUGCCCUGACCGGCACCACAUUAAUGCAGAAAUGGAUAUCCCAAGGAAGUUAUCCAAUGAGUCUCUGCCAGGGUUUGGACACAUUAGGAUAAUACCUUUUUACGUUUCAAAUGCAACCAAUUACUUUGGUCGUAUACUUGAUAAACACUUUGAUCUUUAUGCAACUCUCAAUGCCGAAAUGAAUGACUAUUUCAAGGAUCCCAGGAAUAAAACAGCUGCUGAAAAGGUGGAGAGCUUUGGGUUGUAUGGAUUAGAAGAAAAAACACUUUUCCAGAGGGUUCAAGUGUUGGAAGUGAGCCCGAAGGAAGACACCUGGGGUUUGGGGAGUGUCUUGGUGAAAUUCAUAGACGAAGGCAGGACCAAGCUCAUCUCAAGAGACCAGCUUCUGCUGCUCCCAGACAAGUUCCACGCUCUGCCCCCUCAGGCUGUGGAGUUCAUUGUUUGUAGAGUGAAACCAGCCGACAGUGAAAUUGAAUGGAACCCAAAGGUUACUAGAUACAUUCACCAUAAGAUUGUUGGGAAAAUACAUGAUGCCAAAGUGGUACUAGCUUUGGGAAAUACCCUUUGGAUUGAUCCAAUGGUGCAUGUUACAAAACUAUCAAACCUAAAAACCUCUGUCAUUGAUUACAAUGUUCGAGCUGAAAUUUUGUCCAUGGGAAUGGGUAUUGAUAAUUCAGAACACAUAGAACAACUGAAAAAAUUGUACAAAGAAGCCAGACUGCCAUCUUUUGAGGACCUUCUGGGCCAGACCUCGACACCCACCACAGUGGAAGAUGCCAUGUGUCUGCAGGACCCCAGGCAAGAAGAUGGCGGUCCAGAAGGAGGAGCUGCUUCCAAGGUGGACUCAGACAACCAGAACCCUGAAGUUUUAUCGGAAGCCACUGGCAGUGAAUCCAUUGCCCAGCUACACGUGAGAAGCUUUCACCCACAGAUAAAGUGGUUCCAAAAAGAUGAUGUGGUCAUCCUAAAGGUAAAAAUAAGGAAUGUCAAGGAUUACAAGUGUAAAUUCUUUCCAAACAGAGUCAUUUUCAGUGCCUGGGUAGGAGACAAGUUUUACUUGGCUGAUUUGGAGCUGCAAGGUGACAUACGGAAAGAUGACUGCAAGUGCAUAAUUAAAGAUGACGAACCUCUAAUCACGCUGGCGAAGGAGAAGAGGGCGUGCUGGUGUGGCCUGCUCAAGCAGAGGAACCCUAACGUGGCCUUCGACUUUGACCACUGGGAGGAACGUGAAGAGGACAGCCCCUUUUCCAAGGUUGUAAUUUCUAAAAACCUGUCCUGCAAAGUGGCGGCGUUGACUGAGAACAGCGGCACGUCUUCAGACUCUACUGAUGGGAGUGAGAGCGAAUGAGAGAGCGAAUUACCCAGCAGAGCGAGCGGGACGGCUGAACAGAAACGGACACAGCUGUGUGGCUGACUUAAGAAAACAAGUCACGUGUGAGAGUGAAUUAUCUCUGUCACUGUGUGGCACUGGGAUGGGUGGUGAUGAGAAUUUUUUUGGGGGGGGUUCUUUUUGACUUUGGAGGCUGUCUUGGAACUCGCUCUUGUAGACCAGGCUGGUCUUGAACUCACAGAGACCCGCCUGCCUCUGCCUCCCGAGUGCUGGGGUUAAAGGCGUGCGCCACCACCGCCCAGCUGAGAAAUUCUUAAUUGACUUGAAGUGGGUGGACAUGCCAGGUGAUAGGUUACAGUGAGAUUGUCAAACUGCCUGUGUGGUGCUAUAUUGUUUAUGAUCUAAUAAAGCCACUGAAGAUGAGAAAAGCAAA